AAUAUCAGUUUAUUUACACAGAUGAAUAAGAAUUUUCAAGGUCUUUUAUGUUAUACCUGAUCAUACGUUAUUUGCGAUUUUAAAGUAAGAUCAAAAUCGUCGCUAGGCAUAUAUCCCACUCUGCUAUUAAAGGUUCAGUUAAAAUAAAGGUGCAACACGAUAUCACAUCUCAGUUAUUAUGGGUGAAUUGUAUUAGAUGCCUCUUGUACAAUUCUUUCAAAGUCACCGUGCCGACGCCAUUUCAUUUUGGUUGCUUACUUUCGUUUUACGGGUUACGAUAUGAAAAGAUUUCGAUAAUUAUUUCAAGGAUACUUCAUCAUGGAUCAAGCGAAACAUGACUACAAGGAUGGAAGUCAUACCGAAAGGAUUUCCCAAGUAGCGAUAGAGAACAUCCCCAUUUCCAAAAAACAUAGGGGUGGAAAUAAGACCAAGGUUCGUCAUAAUAAAGUAGAAAACAUAGACGAUAACGGCAACACCCAAUUGCCAAAAAUUGGUAAGGGAGCGAAGAACUGCAAUUCAGGCUAUGAAGAAGAAACGGGAUCUACAGAAGCUAUACUCACUAUGCCUCAAGAAAUCCGAUGCCAUGAGGAGUCAAACAUAUCCAUCAAUAUAGAGCAAAGUCAACAAAUUAACAAAAGAAGUAGGCACAAGCGAGAAGACUUCAACGCACCGAACCAAGAAAGGACAAAGGGAAAAGAGGAAAAUGAAAUGAAUGAGACAGGUUCUUGUACAAAAACCCUACUUUCUGUACAACAAACCCUUCGGAAUUGCGAAGAGACGAUAGCCGUUAUGCAGGAAACAGUUGAAGGACGUAUACAGGCACUCGCAUCUAAGCAUAUGGACGGUCUGAAAUUAAUACAUGACGAAGAAAACGAUCCAUUUAAAAGUGCAAAUAAAGUUAGGGAAAUACAAUUGAAAAUGUUUAACGAAAUACAUGAGGAGCGAGAGAAGUUGAAAAGAGAAAGGGAUGAACGGAUUAGAAAGAAGAAAGACACUCAGCAAGCACGUAUGCAGGACUGUGAUAAAAAGCAUAAAAGACAGGAAUGGUUUUUGCAAGUUGCAAAUGAUACAAUUACAAGGGUUGAGAAGGGAGACAAGAUUACGCAAGGCCUUCUCGCUGUGCACAUGGAAACGAUGAGGGAAGCAAGCGUUAAAAGAAAAAAUGCGGCUAGGCAGGCAAGACUGGAAGCCCGUAAGGAGAAGAAGGGGUUACAGAAAGUUGAAGCAGAACGAUUUAAGAAAGGACAUGGUCCUCAGUUAGUACAUAAGACACAGAAGUUAACGAGUGGGGACGAAACCGUCCAGCUUCCUUUGACGCGGCAUGAAGAAGAAAUAAAAGACGGUAAUCAAUUACGUAGACAGAAGGAUGCCAAGCGGGAACGAUUGGCAUUCCUUAGGGAGAUGCGUGAGGAACUACAGGCGAGAGAGCAAACGGAAGCUGAUCAUAGAUCACUGGCUGCAAACCCAAAUCAACAAACCACUACCGAGGAGAAAGAGGAAGCAGAAGUGUCACACAAAAUAGUGAAAGAAGCAUGGGAUGAUAGUAGCGAUGAAGAUGAAGAUGAUGAAGAUCUCGCUCCUAAUAUGUGCAGUGAAGCUGGUACUUCGUCGCAAGUUACUACAUCAGGGAAUAAAAGGAUUGUUCGCACACAAACAAGCAACUUUAUUGAUUAUUGCAACAGAGCUUCAAGAAGAUCACCCAUAAAGUGUGAUGCGUGCGGUUAUGAGAACCACGAUUUCGUUGGUUGUAAAUUUAAGGGUUACACUUGCACUAUAUGUAACAAGAUAGGACAUACUGCUAAAGCGUGUAGAUUUCAUACGUGUAAGGCAUGCGGUAAAGAAAGACACUGGUUCUCCGUAUGUGUCCAUAACGCUGCCACUUGCAUAAUAUGUAAUAAGGUAGGACAUAUCGCUGAUGCUUGUACAUUUAAUAAAUGUCUGGCAUGCGGUAAUGAAAAACAUAAUUCUAAAUGUGUUCACAAGAAGUCCAAAUGUUCAAUAUGUAAUAAAGUAGGCCAUAUUGAUGAAGCAUGUAGAUAUAAUAUGUGUAGAGCAUGCGGUCAGGAAAACCAUUACUUAUUUAAAUGUAUUUACAAGACCUACACUUGUAGAGAAUGUAAAAGGCUGGGACAUAUUGCUCAAGCUUGUAGAUCGAAACUUGUAUAGAUCGAACAGUUGUUCGAUCAGUAUGCAAACAGAUAGGCCAUAUGGCUAAUACUUGGUCUUAUAAGAGUAAUAUAGAAACUAAGGGCCCAAAUAUGCUAAUGUAGUUAGAAUAUGUCUAUAUUAUACAUAACUAGUAAAAUUGUCUACUAAUUAA